ACUUGAAACACAGCAGCGCAAGAAGGAAACUCUUCAAACCAAGACAAACACUGAACAUUAUUAUGAAUUCUUUACUGAAAAGAGGGCUUGAGAAGCUGGAGUGCCACUUCACCUGGGAUCUGGGGCAAUAUCAAAAUGAGCUGCAAGGGAUGAAGAGAGAGAUGGACCUUGAUGUCCCACAAAAAAUCUCUUCUCCAGUCCACUAUUACAACCUGCUGGGCUUCAUCCAAAAGAGUCUUGGCUCUGACAGAGAGGCGCUGGAGUCCCUACAGAAAGCAGAAAGUGUUAUCCAGGAGCAGGGAACAGAAGAGACUGCAGUCCGGCUGCUGGUCAAUAAAGCUAACAUGGCUUGGGUCCACUUCCAUUUGGGAGAGCUGGAGAAGAGCAGAGGAUACCUAGAAGAGCUGGAGGAGCUUCAGAGAAUUCAUCCUGCUCCACCUGGAUGCCCUUUACACCCUGAAGUGAGUGGAGAAAAGGGCUGGACGCUGGUGAAGUUCAACAAGUCCAAGAAGCGCCUGGCCAUCGAUUACUUUAAGAUGGCUUUAGAAGCUGAACCUGAAAGGAAGGAAUGGCACAAAGGUCUUGCCAUAUCUAUGAGCAAAGCAUGUUUAUGGUAUAAAUGCACUCCAGAGCAGAAAGCGGAGAUUUUAGAGAAGGUGAAAACGGCAGCAGAGAUCAACCCAAAUGAUUUGUUACUUCAGGCUCUUUAUUUAGUAAAACUUUCUUAUGUGACAAAAGUAAACGUCGAGAGAGAGAUGCGAGAUUUACUAGAGAGAUGUCUUGAAAUUGUAAACGUGCCGGGUUUGAAUAUCAUUCUCAAAUAUUUAGGAGACAUUUCUUUUGAUGAAUCUAUUCGUGAAGGAGAGAGAUUUCAAGAAAGGUACCCCGAAUCAAUCAAAGUGUUGAAAUGCCUGGCAGACACCUACAAAUGGAAGGUUUACAAAAUGAAUGAAGACACAGAGGAAAGGGUGAUUCUGGCUAGGAAAACCAUUGAGCUGCUGGAGAAGGUUUGCGGAUAUAACCCAGACUCACACAGAGCAAAAGUAGCCCUUGCAGCAAUGCACUAUUACGCACACAACACUGAAAGAGCCGAUGAGAUUUACCAGCAGCUCUUGUUAGAAGAAGAAUUGUCUCCUGACAAGUGGCAGUAUAUUUACUACUGUUAUGCCAGUUAUCUAAAUCAGUGUAAACGGUUCAGUGAGUCAGUACAGUUUCACAUAAAAGGAGUGAAAACCCCAGGUGAUUCAGUUGACAAAGAAAAGAGUUUAAACAUUCUUAAAAAGAUUGUGUGGAGAGGUAAAGAUCCGCUCUGUUCAGAAAUUAGGCAAUUACUCAAGACAACUCAGAAAUGAUUUUGAUAAAUCUGAUGAAUGUAGUUUAAUGUAGAAUGGAGCUGUUCUCAUGCAGUGUCAUUUUUUAAAAACACAAAAUAACGUAAAAAAUAGUGCUUUUACGCAGUGGUGGAAAGAUUAAUGAAAUAUCAUACUUAAGUAAAAGUACCAUUACUUGCCUAAAAAUGUAGUGCAAGUAGAGUAAAAGUACCUGUAAAUAUUACUGUAAAAUUUAAAAUAUUAAUACAUUUUAAAAUGUAAUUUAUGAUUAAUAAUUUUUUUUUUUUAAAUUACUCAAAGUAUGGGUAAAAAGUAGCCCUGUAAUAUCAGGUGACCAAAAUUCAAUGUCUACCAGCGUCAACGUUAUUUUGAUGUCCUAUAACAACGUCAAAUGAUGUUGAUAUUUGGUUGAUUUUAGCUUGUUAGAAACAGACCAAACAUUGAGCCAAGUUUGAGUAUUUGUAAUUUGUUACUUUACACCACUGCUUUUUUGUCAUUACAAUAAUAAAAAUGUCUUCCUUUUUUAACAUAAAAA